CAUCAAUUACAACAGCAACAACUACAACUACAAAAGCAACAGCAACAACAACAACAGCUGCAACAGCAGCAGCUGCAGCAACAACAAUCGCUGUCCCAGCAGCAGGCACAACAAGCGUGCAACUAUUAUACGGCACCGCCGCCACCAACCACCAACACCAGUUCGAACCACCACACGCCGAGUCAUCACAGUUCGACCUAUAGCGCAUACGGAUCGUACGGUUCGUACGGCGGCGGUACAUACGGCGGCGCUUAUCUUGGCACGAGCGGCAGCGAUAGCGGCGUAGGCGGUCUUACACCCAUCGGCCGCAACUAUCGCUGGUAUCACUCGAGCGGCAGCGGCGGUAGUGGCAGCAUCAGCGGUAGUGUUGGCAGCAAUUACCUUACUGCCGGCUCACUUGGCGCCACAUACGGACGCACGUCGCCAGCCGCGCUUGCACACGCGCGCCCCUUGCUCGCCUCCACAUCGACAGCGGCCAGCAGCAGCGCUGGUGGUUGUGUUGCCAGCAGCGGCGCAUACGGUUUGGGACUUGGCCUGGGUUUGGGCCUCGAUCUCGAUACCAGUGACUACGAAUACGAACGCGCGUCGCUACACUCUGGCGCUUACGCAUACAAAUCGUCGUCAUCGCGACGUGGCAGCAGUCUUGCUGCCGAUUAUCUAUUGGACGUUGCAGCACGUUGCAGCGUACCAUCGCCGGCACUUGAGGCCGAGCCGGAUACUGAUCUUGAACUUGAUCUUGAUCUCGAUCUCGACGUGGGCGUCGGCGUCGGUGUUGACGUUAACGACGUUGACCACAUUGGUCACGACAUUGGCUUGGGCCUUAACGUCGAGGAUCUUGAAGAUCUUGAUAUCCCGGUACCAGAACCGGAACCCGAGGCGGACGUACACGACGAACUUGUGCGCGCACUCGAACUUGAACUCGAUUGGGGUCUUGACUACAACACCGCCACCACCACCACUACCACCCAUCUCAAUCUCGAACUCGACAGCAGUACCGAUCUCGUCGGACUCGACGACAUCGAUAUUGACGAAGAAGAAGAGCCGAUACUAUCGCCUGUGCUCAAUCGGUCAUUGCGUCCAUUCACCUAUCCGGCGCUUACGAUCACAGCACCAGAGAAUAGUAUCGCAAGCGAAUCACCAAUACCUGUGGCGACACCGCCACCGACACCGACGGAUUUUCUAUAUCCGCAGUUGUCCGUACACAGCAACAAAACGUCACCUCAACAGCAACAACCACAACUACAGCAACACCAGCAGCUGCAACAACAACAACAGCAGCCACAACAACAAUUCCAGCAUCAACCACAACACUACCACCACCAACAACGUACAACGACGACACGUUUACCGCAACACGACGACAGUUGCGAGGAGUUCAAUAACAUUACCGACGAUCCGACGUCCUGCGUCGGCCAAAAAAGAAUGAUGGUUAGCCGUUUGUGGAACAGUUGUUUCCCCAAAUUCACGCCGGAGCAUGUGCACCGGCACAAUUUCUACCUGUGUCAGUGGCAACGCAACACCCAAGUGCGCAUAGUGUAUCUUUUUUACCGUUGGCUAACGGCAAUUACCUGCCUCGCCGCACUCGUUUGCUCGCUACUCGACAUCGGUCGCACCGAAGAGCACUUCGAGAAUCAUUAUGCAAAAUGGUGGAUCUACUUGACACAUUGGGGUCUGCUCUUUUGUACGGUGCAAGCUUGGUUGGCGGCGUGGAUUGUAACGCAGGGCAUGAUGGUGGAACGUGAGGAUUUCGAGGUUGUGCGUCAGGUGCGCAAGAGCCGCCUGCAUCAUAUCUACUGGGUGCUCUACACAUGCGCCACCGUGUACUCGUUCAUAAUAACGAUGUGCUAUUGGCUGUUGGUGCACGAUCCAGAAAUCCACAAAAUAGAUGCUUUAAAUAUAAUGGUGCAUGUGUUCAAUUCGGUGAUUAUGCUCAUCGAUUUAGCUAUUGUCGGACAUCCGAUUAAAUUGAGUCAUGUCUACUUUACGACCGGCAUCGGCUUGGCCUACGGCAUAUUUACGGGCAUAUAUUUCAUAGCUGGUGGCACAGAUAGAAAGAACAACGUCUACAUUUACCCGAUGCUGGACUGGACCAAACCGGGCAAGGCCAUAAUUGUCACCGUGUGUGCCAUAAUAUUCGUCGUUGUGGUGCACUUCUGCUGCUAUCUGCUCUACCGCACGCGCGUCUGGCUCUUCACCAAGCUGUGCAUACGCGGCGCGCACAACCGCGACGGCGACAUGGGCGAGGGGCUGCACGACGAGUCCACGGCGCGUCUGGGCGGUGGCACUUCGCAGGAAUACUCACAUCAACAGCAAUAUCCGAUAUUGCAUUCCGAGCAACCGCGCAGCGCGCAUCACCAUCAUCAACACGGACAUCCGCAGCACACACAACAGCAACAAUAUCAGCAGCAACAGCAACAACAACAGCAGUACCAGCAACAGCCGAGCGGAAAUGUGCAAACGGUAGACAUGGUAAGCGGCAGCGGUGGUGGCGGCGGCGGCACACAGCAUACCACACCGCCUUACUAUCCGCAGUAUUCCGGCUAUCAGCAGCAGCCCGUUGUGGCGGGCGUGAAUGUCGGUGUGCUCAGCGCCGGCGGUUACUAUCAGCCGGAAAACAAUAAUCAAAAUAAACAGCAACAACAACAACAACACAAACAACAGCAGCAGUCACAGCAGCAACAGGCACAACAGCAGACGUCGCAGCAGCAGCAGCAACAAAAGCACUCCUCACCCGGAACUGGCAGCGCAUCCGGCUUAAGUCGCACCGUCGCCCACUUGGAUGCGGCACAGCGUGAGCAAUUCCUGAAUCCAAACAAGAUUGUGGAAUAUAAGAUGUAAAGGCGUUGUACCCGGCAC